AUGGUGUCAUUGAGGCCAAGAAUUCAUUUGACUGCAUCCGUUGCUACUCGUAUGCGGUGUUAUUCCCAUAAUGGAUACAUUUUUUACCUUCUUCCAACUCAAAUCUACAGCUUCAUCUUCUCCGGACCCUGCGCCAGGAUGAUGGUCGAAGUCAUGCAGUCACAGCACUCCAGAGUGCUCAAGAGCAAAGCUGAGUUCCUUAAACCAUUCGGUCUGUCUGCGUACGGCGAGCCCUUGACUCCUCCCUUUCUUUGGGUGAACGCAUCGCCUCGCUCCCUCGCCAGCGGUGCAUCGAUUUCCGAAUGA